AGGAGGGCUGUGCUGUGAACUGAAAUGAAAAUUUCAUAACAAGCGAUUUCUUAAAUCAUUUAGACUUUAGAUUAUUUAACCCUUGAAAACAAAAGGUUUGGUCAUUUUGCACCAAUUAGGCCUUUCACAAAAUCAAGUAUUUGCUGUAUUUGUCCUGUGGGCGAAGCUUUAGGCGUCUCUGAGCUUCAUUCCUCAGUGGUGAGCUGGAGCAGAGUUGAAUGCCUGGUGGAGCGCUCCGUUAGCUUUCUGUGGGAAGAUUUAUUGGUACUCAUGACUGAAAGACCACAUGAGCCACGUGUUCUGCUGCUCUUCUGGUGCGCAGCAUGUACAUAUGUGAAUCUGUCUCCUCAAAGAAAAGAAAUCAAAGUAGGACUUAAAACCAGAACCUGGUGACGUGGCUGAUUGGCUGAUCAUGAAGAGACUUUUCAGAAUGUUCUCACUGCCGAAUGGAUUCAUCUUCCUGUUCUUGGCUGUGGGUUUUUUAAUCUUUCUGUUCUACAGCCAGCAGUUGGUUGAGAGUCGGAAUAAACCCACCACCAUUUCCAUGGCGGUUCCUGUCAAACCUGACAAACUGAAGACCUUUCCACCUUCCCAUCAACAGCCCUCAAAGGAAGCUGUUGAAAUGGACGUCCUGAAAAACUUGAUUGCUUGGCCUUCAACUCCACUUCUACCUAUAAACCUUUCUUGGAAUGACACCAGUGAUCCAGCACACAGCAGCUUCACUGUUCUCCCAAAGAGAGGAGGAGGCCAGUGGUGUGUUGGAGAUGAGCUGGAGGUUUUAAUACAGAUCUAUAACUUCCAAGGUAAGCCAAAGAAAUCUGGAGGAGAUGUCCUGCUGGCCCGGCUGCACAGUCCCAGUCUCCUGGCAGGUGUGGCAGGAAAAGUGGUGGACCAUCUCAACGGCAGCUACUCGGCUCUGUUCCCUUUACUCUGGGAAGGAAAUGUGCAAGUAGAGGUGAUCCUGGUUCACUCCAGUGAGGCGGUCACUGUGCUCCAACAAGUGUCCCGUUUGCAGCCUUACAGAAUUUUCUUCCGGAGUCUCUUCCGCUCAGGCCCUCUGACUGAAAGCACCCUCUGUAAUGUUUACAUUGAUGCACCUCAGGAGCAGCUGUGCAACUACACUGACCUGUAUACAGGCGAGCCGUGGUUCUGCUACAAGCCGAAGAAACUAAGCUGUGAUGCCCGAGUCACUCAUGCCAUGGGAGGAUUUAAAAAGAACAUCAGUCGUCGGGAGGAGAUGCUCUUUCAGAGAGGCAUCAAUUUGAAGGUCUCCAUCCCUCCAUCAAGCCGUUACAACAUAAGUGUGCAUCCAAGAGUGCAAGAACAAACAAAGAGGACCAGUAACAUUGUGAGGAAAGAGCCUUCUGGUUAUUACUAUCAUGGUGUCUGGAGACCACUAGAUGGAACCAAACUACAACAGUUCAAUUCCUCCAAAGCAGCCAGUCAGUGUCUGAGAAGGAAGGUGCUUCACCUGUUUGGAGACUCCACCAUCAGACAGUGGUUUGAAUACCUCAUCUCAUCCUUUUCAGAUCUCAAGAAGUUUGACCUGCACACUUCCCAACAAGCUGGGCCUCUCAUGGCCUUGGACUACACAAACAACAUCAUGGUGACCUACCGCUGCCACGGUCCUCCUAUCCGCUUUGCCAAUGUUCCUGUGUCUCAGUUGCGUUACAUUGCCAAUGAAUUAGACCACAUUGAUGGAGGUCCCAACACUGCUAUAGUUAUUGGCAUCUGGUCACACUUCAGCACUUUUCCUGUUGACGUUUACAUUCGCCGUCUGCAGAGCAUCCGCAAGGCGGUGGUGCGGCUGCUGUCCAGAGCUCCAGAUACGCUGGUGGUCAUCCGGACGGCAAACCCCAAAGCUUUGACCGUCUAUGAAACGCUGACCAACAGCGACUGGUACUCUAUACAGCGUGAUAAACUGCUGCGGGAGGUCUUCAAAGGACUCAAUGUCCGUCUGGUGGAUGCUUGGGACAUGGUCCUGGCCCAUCACCUGCCACACAACCUCCAUCCACAACCGCCUAUCAUCAAAAACAUGAUUGAUCUUCUCCUGUCCUACAUAUGCCCUCCACCAAAAGACAAAACCAGAGAAAAUCAACCAAAGAGACUAGGAUAGAUAAACUGGGCUGUGAUGUUUAUGAACUCUUGCACUUUAGAAUAGAAGAUCUUUCCCAGUGCAAAGAAGUAGCACCAAGAAAUCCAACGCAAAGCACUGUGAUGACUGUAGACCUGUGGAUGGAGCAAUGUUUACACAUCAAACUAUUAUCCAUGAGGCUGUGUGUGUGUACCUCAACACAAGUUCUAGAUGUUUUCCAGAAGGGUUUUCAUGUUUUUUAUGUUAUAUUAAGCUUGGUUGAUAUUUUUAACUUUUCAUUUGUUUUCCAUUUAAUGUUUUUGCACUCAGUAACAAUUACAUAUCAAAGAGUACCUUGAUGUUUUCAUCUUUAAAUUCUGAGCGAUUUUUCACAAGUUCAAGAAUAGUAACAAGAAGAGCCUGACAGACUGAGCUGCAUGGUUUGUGUCAGUGGAAACUCUUACCAAGAUACAAUGAAGUGUUACUUGUCAACACUGAAUCAAAAAACUGUCAUCAUUCAGUCUUGGAGUGCCAAAAGCACAGUCAUUCUAUGUUGUGAAUCAGUUUUACCGUUACGCUCUUAAUUUCUCCAACUUUAUGUAAUCAUGUUUGACAAAAGAAGAAGAGAAAACCAUACGUACCUCAAAGUUCUAACAAAACGAAAUGCAACUAAGAAUGCAAUGUUUUCACUAAAGGGGAAAUCAAAGUCUGGACAGCAGAAUGCAGUCUAGAAUCUUUUAACUUUUUUAACUAUUUCCAUGUAUUUCUCAAAUGUCUUACUUUGUCAGGGUUGUAUAUUUCUAUUUUCUUAAAGCUGUUUUAAAAACAACUUUAAUUUGGUUUUAGUCUUAAAUUAAUAUACAUUUUCUCAUAAAUGUUUUGAAGGUAUGACUAUUUAUGAUGAAAUAAUAUUUUUACUACAAUUUUGUGAUAAUGUUAGUUUAUGUACUCAUUUAAACUCUGGUGUAUCUUGAAGUCUGACAGCACUUUAAUGGUUUGUAAUGAUUAUUUUAAUAUUUUAAUCAUAAAAUCUACUACUUUAAAUUGUGCAUGUAUGUUUUUUGAUGGGUUACAAGCACUUUGGGAACAUUAUUUGAAAAGUAUGAAGUGAAUAAAGAUUAAUUUAAGCUCGUGCCUUUCCCUGUCAUUUUGAUUUUCUAAUCGUCUGUUUAAUAAAUUAUCCAUUAUCUUCCAUCUAACGAAUAAGCUUUACUCAAAUUUAGGACAAAUAUUUACUUCAAAAUGCUAUAUUAUUUAAAAAUAAGCUUCUUUUCAUGUUGUUAAAAGGCAUGGUGCUCAUAUUCUCUGUUCUGCAUGAGAUGACAUUUGAUGUUUAUGUGUAACAUUUAAAGAUGUCAGGUUAAUUAGGAAUCUACGGAGCCCCUGAAGGGACAUCGGGGAAAAAAAAAUAAAGUAAAAAAAAAAAUCAAUCGUUAUCUUGUGCGCACCACUUAUGCCUCAUUUCUCUGGGCCGAAGUGCUGCUUUUCCGUGUUUGGAGCUUCCUUCAGAGAAUCAUUCUGAGAUCUUAGAAGAGCUUUUCCUUGUUACUUUUCCUUGGUUUGCUAAUUGACAACAACUUUCGGCACGCUAAAGUGCUGCCUUUUUUUCUUUCUCUACUGGCAGCACGAGCUGCUUCCCUCAUGCACGCGAGCACGUACUCUUUCCCCCACCCUCUCUU